GGCGUCUGUUUUGAGUUUUAUUGUUUUCUGCGGUCGGUAACGGUAAAUUCAGUAAAAAACUUUCACGUUUAACAUCAACAUGGAAGUCCAGAUGAUUAACGAAAUGAAGGGUUUCAGCAGCUGAUCCCAUUUGUGCUCAGUAAUAAUGCAUGGGUCAUACUACCCAUCUCCUCGUGGGGCAGGCGGAGCUACAAGUUACGCCUACACCAACGGCCAUGUCCCAGGUGAUACGCCUCGUGCUGCACCUACUUCCAUUAACGGAGUACCAGGGUUCACCUUCCAGACAAGACAUGAUAGAAUUGACUGGAGGAAAAUGGCCUCCGUGGAUGUUGAUCGUGUGAUGAGAGAGUUAGAUUUUGCAACGUUACAAGACGUCAUUAUGAAUGUUACCUUCUGUGACAUCACAGCAGAGGUGGAUAUGAGAUCAAUGGAUCCAAACUUUGUCAAGCUCUUCCAGCUAUCGCAACUUAUUGCAGAGUAUUUACUGCACUCCCAGAAUUAUCUGACUCAUAGUAUCGGACUGACCCAAGACAAGGUCCAGCAGGUAGAAGGAGCUCACAACUCCACCAAGGCAGAGACCAUCAAACUGAAGGAGGAGCUAAAGAAACAAAAAGAUGAAUGUCAUAAACGCAAGAAGAUGCUGAAACAGCAACAGAAUCUCAUCCAAGCUGGAGCUAAUAAUUAUCACAAGUGCCCUUACUGCUCCAAGGCAUUUGUCCACUCGGCUUACCUUCAGUCUCACGUACAGCGCAAACAUUCUGAGUAUCUGCCUCCAUCGGCCGACUCGGAGACCAAGAAACAGAGCCAAAGAAUGGAACAUGAAAUAGAGGAGUUAAGGGAGAGAUUAAGGAUGACAGAGACGCAGAUGGAAGAAGAGAGGAGGUUGAUACAGUCACAGAUGACUGCUCAAAGGGAGAGCCAAGCCAAAGAAGAAAGUAGAAGGCUUGAGGAGUUACAGAAACAGCAGAUGGAAAAUUGGAAACAAGAACAGCUCGAGUCUCACAGAGCGGACAUGGAGCGGAUGAAAGACAUGUUCAUGAAGGAGUUGAAAGAGAUGAACGAUAAGUACUCUAACUCCCAAUCAGCUCUUGACAGUAUGCAGUCAAAGUAUGGUAAGAGAUCGAUGCUUGGGACGUUACAAGACGAAGAUGACAUCGCCGAUCUUAAGGAGUUAGUCAAGAAACAAAAAGAAGAAAACGAGCAGAGGAACAGAGAUCUACAAGAGAAACUCGCAUCUACACAGUCUUCCUUACAAGAUCAGAACAAGAAAUUCAAAGAGCAAACCAAACAGAUGAAGACCGAUCACGGUGAGGAGAUGCAACAUCUUAAGAAGCAACUUAAGGAGACGAGAGAUGCACUUAAGAUGGAGCAGAAAGGAGGCAGCAACAGCAGCAAAAAAUCUGAGAGACGGAUCCAGCAACUCGAAAAGGAAUCGAAAGAAUAUCAGAGAUCACUAAAAGAAAAGGACAGAGAAAUCAAGUUGAUACAGUCAAGACCUCCACCGCUAGUCGCCCCGCCAGUCGUCAAGCCAGCUUUGGUCAGCACACCAGUCACUACCAAUGCUCACCCAGUCCUCGAAGCGCGGAGACUUGAUUUACACUACGCACAGAAAUCUCCAGCCAAACCUCCUCCGUCUCCUCCAGCCAAGAAACCCAAACCAGUUCUUCUCGCUGCUAAGUCUGUCAGUUCUACUGAAGCGGAAGAUUCAGCAUCAGAGAUUAUUGGUGAUUCCGACGAGGAAGAAGGAGAGAUAUCAGUCCGAUCUAAUCCUCAUGAUCCUCUAGAUGAGGAUGAGAUGGCUAAAAUGAAGGAAGGUCUGUCGUUAGCGCUGCAGAGAAACCUGGAAAAAUGUGGAGUACCUGAGGGCAUCAAUGGCAUCACAGCAAGGUCAUUGGAGAACAAGGUGAAGCGACUGAAGGAAGAACGAUCGGCCGUUGCCCUCAGGUUCAGAAAAUUCCACGAUAUAAGGAAGUCUGUAAAGGAAGAAGUUGAAAGGAGAUUUGUUCUGAGACUUAAAGGAAGGGGGACGUCUGUGAAGAUGAUAAAAGGCAGAGAACAACCUCUCAAGCGACCAAAAUCAACAUCUCCUACGCCAAAGUCAACCCCGAAGCUUUCAAAACUCAAAGACAGCCAUCCCAUUCCCAAAGCACAGCCCCAACCAAAGACUACAAGAUCAACCCCUCACUCUUCUUCAGCCAAGACACCUGCUGUGAGCCACGCCCAUCAAUCAUUUAAGGAAAGACCUCGAGUCUCAAGGCAGGAACCUCCACCCAUUGCACCAAGAAGUCCCGAGGUGCCGAAGUCAUCUUCGCUCAAGUCUGGUACCAAGGUGCCGGGAUCACCAGCAAGAGUAUCAUUCGAUAUGAACGGCCACAAUAAUUUUGACGACAGUGACGACGACGACGAUGACAUUGAUGAUUCCGUAGAAGAGUCCGAUGAAGACAUCUCCGAAGAUGAAGAAGAGGAGAGUGACAUCACCAUGGAUGAGGAGCAUCUCAAGAAACGUGAACCUGGACCUGCUAGCCAGCUUGCCCAGAGAGGGAAUGCAGAGGGGAUGGAUGACGAUAGUGAUUGGGACUCGGAGGAUAUUAGUGAACUGGACGAGGUGAGCCAGGAUAAAGGAAGAGCUAGCCAACAGCAACAGCAGCAACAUCAACAGCGGCAGCAACAGCCGCAGGGAAGACAGGGUAGACCGGUAACGUCAGGAAGGCCCAAGAGUCCAGCUAUUGCCAGAAUGGCUGAGAGUAUAGAGCGGCAGCUGUCCACCAGACGCUCGGACCAUAAACCAGUAGGAGGAGUUGACCUUGGCGGUACUGGUCAGUCCGAUAAUCUCAGACCAGACUCAAGAGACGAUGGACGGUCACCGUCACCAAGGAUACCGACAUUACCAGAUGCAAGUGAUGAAGAUGAUGAUGAUGAGAGUCUAGCCAUCUCAUCUCUAGAUGGAAGCAAUUAUUCAGUGCCUCGCUCUAAAUCUGCCUCUUUACCUGUGCCAGCACCGAGACAAGGUAGACCUCCUACUGCUGGUAGUAGGAAGUCAGACACUGAUAUGUCCAACACAUAUGGAACCAGUAUGUGGGGAUCAUCCAAAGGUCAUGCAGAAUCAGGAACAGCGAAAAGUUCUCUCGUCUCCGUCACGGAUCUUGACGAUGAUGACUUUGACCUCAGUGAUCUUUGACCUUCCUGAUCCAAUUACCUCAUAUCAAUCAGUCUUUUUUUGCAGUCGUGUUUCAUCCGUCCGUGAUACAGUGACAAUAUUCAUUUAACGGCACUGUGGACACUAUUGGUAAUUACUCAAAAUAAUUGUUAGCAUAGGUAACACGCAAAA